UGCAAACGGUAGCUUAAGUGUUCUGUGUUCAAGCACUAAAAAAACAGGAAACGAAACAAACACAGCAAGCGGACGACACAAAACUGUAGCGCAUUUUUUGCGAGUUUAUUGUUAUUAUUACUGUCGUGUAUAUCUGAUAAAGAUAAUAACUCGUGUGUGGUUAUCAAUAAUGUGUUUGCAGUUGCACAGCUUGUAAUAAAAGUGAUGGUUACCGUAAUUUGUCGACGUAUAUUGAAAGAGAAUUUUUAUUACAUUAUUCGUGGUAAUUUUGAGAGAAAAUUCGAGCAGUUCUAAAUGAUUACCAGGAAAAAGUUUAAGUUUGAAAAGACAGUUGCGUUACAUACAUCCUCACAUGUUAAUUUUAUUCAAUAUGUUUGGAGAAGCUAAUAAUAAUCAAUCCCGAAAGUAUAACCUGCAUAGCAAAGUGAUUUUUAUAUUGUAAAUAAUGAAUCAAAUUACUGAUUGUUGAUGCAAUCAUUUAGUCAAAGAUAUUACAAUGGAAAAUCAUUCUGCUCAUUACAUGCAAGUUGUGCUAGAGAGUGAGGAUCUCUCAGCUAGCUUGCUAAGUCAAUCAAAACCUUAUAUGGAAAAUGUCAACAAAAAAAGGGAUGAAAUUAUAUUAACCAGUAAUUCUAAAGGUGGCCUGGCUAACCCCAGAGCUUUAUUAUUUUUAAUACUAUGGUAUAUAUUUAGUGGCUGUACUCUUUUUCUAAACAAGUACAUAUUGUCCUAUAUGGAAGGUGAUCCAACAAUCUUGGGAGCUUGUCAAAUGUUGAUGACAGCAAUAUGUGGGUUCAUACAGAUGUACUUUCCCUGUGGCAUGUACCAAGCAAGUCCAAGAUUAACAAGGCCUCCAGGAUUCUAUAAACAUAUGACGCUAGUAGGAUGCACAAGGUUCAUGACAGUAGUUUUAGGAUUAGUUUCAUUAAAUUACGUGGCAGUGAGUUUUACUGAAACUAUUAAAAGCAGUGCUCCAUUGUUUACUGUUUUUAUUAGUAGAUAUUUAUUAGGUGAAUAUACAGGUCUAUACGUUAACUUAUCUUUAAUCCCAGUUAUGGGUGGCUUAGCUCUCUGUUCAAUAAAUGAAAUUAGUUUUGAUCUGAGAGGAUUUAUUGCAGCAAUGGCUACUAAUUUAACUGAAUGCUUACAAAAUGUAUAUUCUAAAAUGUUAAUUAGUGAUGAUAGUUUUAAGUAUACACCAGCAGAGCUUCAAUUUUAUACAAGUUUAGCAUCAAUAGUAGUACAAAUUCCAGCUUCAUUGUUAUUAGUAAAUCUGCCAACACUGAAACAUUCUCUUGACUUACAUUUACUUACUGCCUUCAUUUUGAAUGGUAUAUUUUUCCAUUUUCAAAGCAUCACUGCAUAUGUACUUAUGGAUUAUAUUAGUCCAGUGACUCAUAGUGUUGUUAACACAGCCAAAAGAGCUUUUUUAAUAUGGUUGUCAGUACUGUUAUUUCAUAAUCCAGUGACUGCAUUAUCAGGAUCAGGAACUCUUUUGGUGAUUGCUGGAGUUUUACUCUAUAACAAAGCUCAAGAGUAUGAUAGAAGAAAACAUUUGAAACGUCGCUAUAUAACGGCGAAAGUAAAUGUACAGUGAUAAUUGUGCAUGGUAGGAAUGUUUGUCAUGCGAGCACAAAAAAUUAAUACAAAUAAUGAAUAUAGACGCUAUAUUCAUUGAUAUAAAUGAUUAUGCACAGAAAAUAGCCUAUAAACAUUGCAAAGUAUUUUAUAAAAUUAGUUAAUUUUACAAAAUUGUAAAUUUGAGACAAAAAAGAAUUAUAAAUCUGUGAGAAAAGUAAAAGAAUAGACAAAUUCACUAUGAUAUUGAAAAUAUAAAUUCUUGUAAAUCGUUUUUCAAUUUAUUGAUAAUGAUUCAAUAAAUUAUUUAUAUUACAAAGGUUUUAAUAUUUGUUGUCUAUAUUGUAGUUUUUGACAUGCCAA